CUCUGUCAUGGCCUCAUCCUCAUCCACGGAUGUGGGAGAAGAAGCGACAUGCCCAAUCUGCAUGGAGUAUCUGACAGACCCUGUGACCUUGGACUGUGGUCACAACUACUGCCAGGGCUGCAUCGUAAAGUAUUGUGACACAUGGGAACAAAUGCAUCUGGGGGACUUGGAGUGUCCCAUCUGCAAAGCCCGAAUGCAGAGAGGGAGUUUUCGCUCCAAUUGGCAGCUGGCCAAUAUAGUGGAAAAAAUUAAACUACUGCCACCAAAUAAAGGGGAAAAGGAAUUGUGUAAGAGACACAAGGAAAAACUCCACUUGUUCUGCAAACAAGAUGAAGAAUUGGUGUGUUUGUUAUGUGAGCGGUCCCCAGAACAUAGAUCGCACACUGUGGUUCUCAAGGAAGAGGCUGCCCAGGAAUACAAGACACUCAUCUGUGGUCGCCUGGAGCGUCUGAAGAAAGAGAGAGAGAAAAUUCUGGCUUAUGAAGCAAAAAUAGGAGAAGAAAGCAACAGCCUGCUUAAAUUAACAGAAACUGAGAGGCAGAAUAUAGAGGAGAAGUUUAGACAACUGCACCAGUUUCUGGAAGAACAAGAAGAGCAUUUGCUGAAUGAGAUAGAAGAGAUGGAGAAGGAGACUGCAAGAAGAAGGGAUGAGCAGCUGGCCAGACUCUCCAGGAAACUCUCUUCCCUUGAGAGGGUCAUCCAGGAGAUGGAGGAGAAGAGUCAGCAGCCAGCAAAUGAACUCCUGCAGGAUGUGAGAUGCACCUUGCAGAGGUGUAAGCAAAGGGGGACAUCUGAAAAUCCACUGACUUUCCCACCAGAAUUGAAGAGGAAGAUCUCAAACUUCUGGGUUGCGAAUCCCAUUCUAUAUGUUGAGAUGGAGAAAAUAAAAGUCUGCCUCUCUUCUCUUUCCCUCCUCUUCUCCCCAACAGCAAAUGUCACUCUGGAUCCAGACACAGCCCAUCCAAUUCUCAUCCUGUCCAAGGAUCGGAAAAGUGUGAGAUAUGGAUACGAAGAGCAAUACCUGCCUGACAAUCCUGAGAGAUUCAGGGACUGGCCUUGUGUGUUGGGACGUGAGGGAUUCACAGCAGGCAGACAUUUCUGGGAAGUCAAUGUGGAAAGUGGGAGGUGGUGGACUGUGGGGGUUGCCAGGAAGUCUGUGGAGAGAAAAGACAUCUUAUCCUUUAGGCCUGAGGAAGGGAUCUGGGCUGUGGAGAAGUGUGGAGGCAUGUACUGGCCCUUGACCUCCCCUGACCCUGAUCUGUCUCUGAAUGAGUAUCCCAGGAGGAUCCGGGUGACUCUCAACUAUGAAGGGGGACAUGUGUCUCUUUCUGAUGGUGACUCAGGAGCUGAACUCCACACAUUCUCAGGAAUCUCAUUCUCUGGGGAGACCCUCCUCCCUUUCUUUUGUCUGUGGGGGAAAAAAACCCACCUCAGGAUCUCCUGA